CUAUUGCAAUUUUUUCACACUGUAAAGAAAUUUUAUGGUUGACAGUUUCAUCAAGCAUUCAUUCAUCAUCGAGACAAUUUCCAGCAACUUGUCAUACCUUAUAUACAAAGUUUGGUUAAAUUUAGUUAAAAGUGUAUUGAUUAGAUUACGUAACAUUCAUCAUUAAAUGCAAAACAGUUAAUUUUCUUUUGAAAAGAAAUGAUUUUAUAUACCUAUCUUAAUGAUUUAAAUUUCACAAUGUUAACUUUUCUUCCUAAAUUGUAUAUAUCUAUUGAAUCUAUAAAUUUUUGUAAAGAGAAAGUGAACGUAGGAUUUCGUGGAAUCAUUCAACGCCCAUAUAAGCGUCAAUUCCCAAAAACGCAUAAAAUCAAAAAAACAAAAAAAAAAAAAAAAACAAAAAAAAAACAAGCAACAGUGUACGUCACGCCCCAGCAGAGAACAAUUAACUUAUUUACCAGUAACACUCUGCAUUAUCGGGAUUUAAAUGCAUAACACGUCAGCUUUGUAGAUGUUAACAGGUAUUGUGCAGGUAAUCAAUAUGGAAUGAUGUCAAAUAGAUACGCUUUAAUUCAGAAGUAACGGUUUUUCGUUUUGAUAAAUCAAAAAUAAACACGUAUAGAUGUCCUAGUAAAAUAGUCGUAUUGAAUCAAAAUAUAAUUAACUAUUCGAUUAGAUUUAUUGUUUUCUUCACCCUACAACUAUAGUCCUACAGGACAAUUUUUUUGUUUUAUAGAUUUUUUAAAUGGCUGAAGGUUUCUUAUUUACAUUUUUUCAUUUAAUUGGACAGUGUAAAUCGGAGAAAUUCCAUAACGUUCCAUAACGACCAUCCAGAUCAUUGGUGUUCCAACAUUAGUUUUAUGUGGAGAGUGUUGUAGAGCCCAUUAUGACCUCCUUUCUUACAACGAAGAAAAGUGGUGUAGCAACUAUUGUUGCUUUCAGCUAGGAAAAUAUGACUGUUGCAACAACUAUCGAUUACGAGCUCCUUCGAUUUGCGAUUUGGUUUCAAAUAUUUUGACAAGAAUUUGUAUUUGUAUUUGUUUUUUUGUUUUUUUAGUUAUGCAUAUUUAAUGAAUAAAGCCACGCAUUAUCCAGGCACGUUAAAAUCUAACACGGUCCUACCCUCAUUUACCUUCCCGAUCGAUUUAAUCCGGGUGCUAACAUUAUUUUACGUGAUAUUUAUUGAGUAUGACGUGCCUAAAACUCUACCUUAGCUGCCUUCUGGUUCUAGGUGUUCCAACAUUAGUUUUAUGUGGAGAGUGUUGUAGAGCCCAUUUUAGCCUCCUUUCUUACAACAAAGAAAAGUGGUGUAGCAACUAUUGUUGCUUUCAGCUAGGAAAAUAUGACUGUUGCGACAGCUUUCUAUUACAAGCUCCUUCGAUUCAGAGAAGAGACUUCUGUGCAGCUUUUUUUACUAGCAAUGCUUGGGUGCCCGUGUUAAUCAGCAUUGGAGGACUGAUCCUGUUCAUUGGACUGUGUGUCUGUAUCUGUAGACGGUGCUGUGGCAGCAGUCGGUCCACAGGCGGGGUGCUGCACGGAGCCAAUCCAGGUGUCACAGUAGUAAAUUCCAGCACCAUGAUGCAGCAAACCGGGUAUCCAAGCAACUCUAUGCAACAACAGCCCGGAUAUCCUAUGCACCAGCACCCCAGUUAUCCGGCCUAGAUAGUAACUUCAUUCUAUAUUUCAGAGUACUCAACCAUGGAUGACAUUAGACAAUUAAAACUUUGUAUAACAUGCAGUUAUUCAUUGAACUUUUGUUUAACUGAUGAUUAUUUGUAAUUGAGUUAAUUUUUUAAUUUGUUAUUAAUGUUGAUCUUUUUAUUCAUCAAACUAAUACUAUUUAAACUGUUUAUUUGUGGUCUAAAUUAAAAUAUUAAAUUUUUAUCUACUAAUCUUUUUAUUCUGAAGAAAGUUAUUGAUUACGGUUAAAAUGCAGAGCAGCGAGAAUUAGAGAGCGGCCGUAUGUAAAACACCAAUUUAUCCUAAGCCACUGUAUGACGGAGAGAUUUUUGUUUUAUUUAUCUUUAGUCUACCUUUAAAUGAAUGCAAGCAAUAGCCAACUAAAAUUGAUUCAACAAAACAAUUCAGUUGCUUAUGAAAUUUUAAUAUCCGAGAUAUGAAAUAAAAAUAUUGUUAUUGCAUUAUUUUUAACUACAUUUAUGUGAAAUGUAUUGUAAAUAUCGCAUACCAUACUUAAAUAUCAUCUAUUAAAAAUGU